AUGUCGGGCCUCGGAGGCGUCGUCGGCGCCAGCUGCGUGACGAGGCGCCCGCCCCACGACCCUCGGUCCGGGUCGACGGUGCUGGACGUGCUGACGCGGAAGCUCCGGUUGAAGCUCGAGGCGCUGAUUCCGAUCGAGAACGAGCGGGUCGAGAAGGCGUUCGAGCUCUUUACGACCACCGAGUCGAUUUCGCCCAACGCGUUCCAUUUGCUUUUGCUCAAGUUUCGCAUCUGCGCCAACCGCCAGCAGAGCUACGCGCUCUUCCACCUCUACGACACGGACGCCACCGGUCGCCUCGACCGCGCCAAGUUCAAGCGCGGCGUCUUUGGCCGAUGUCCUGGCACGCCACGUGGCAAGCGCCAGCACGCGACGACAACAACAGCGGCGACGACGACGACGCUACUGCCAAAGAAGAAAGCGGCGGCCAUGAGCGCCUUGGCGACGGCGGCGAAUGGCCAGAGCACACUGGCGCCACCAGUAGUAGUGGCCCAGCCCUCCGAUCGCGUUGCGCACAAGCCGAUGCGACUGCACCACCCGGCGCGGGCGCAGCACGAGGUGACGGUCGGCGACAACCUUCCGUUUCCGGAAAUCGUCAAGCGGAUACGGGAAAAAAUCGACCAGCGCACGUCCAAGGCGUCGGACCGGUUCCGCCAAGCGUUCAUGAUCUUCGCCAAGGCGUCCGGCAUUACGCUUGACGAGUUCCACGAAGGGCUCCUUCGCAUGGGCUUCCGGCUCACAUCGGCGCAAACCCACGAGCUCUUUGCGAUGUUCGACGCCGACCACUCGGGCGACCUCGACCUCAACGAGUUUGUCCAAGGCAUCUCGAUCGACGACUACUCGGCCACGUACAUCCAAGCCCAGAUCGAGCGCCAGAAGCGCGAGGACGUCCGGCGAGUGCGGUACGCCGCGGCGGUGCACAGCGUCGAGGCGUCGUGGUCGAUUGAAGACAUGGAACGCAAGCUCCGGGAAAAGAUCGAGCAGCACACGUCGCGGUCGUCCGACUGCUUUCGGCAGGCGCUGCAGAUAUUUAAAAAGACCAGCGGCAUCCGCGCGCACGAGUUCCAUGACGCACUCGCCGAGCUCGGGCUCGACCUGCCGCGCGACGGCGACAUUGAUCUGAAUGAGUUUGUGCGCGGUGUGCUGCCACCCGACUACACCAAAGGGACGUGGGUGGCCGAAGCCGACGAGAUGGCGCGCCAAGAAGCUCUGCGCAAGCAGCUCCAGCCCGAUGCGUACUACAACCGCGUCAACAUUGAUCACUGGAGCUUGGAGACGAUCCAAACCAGGCUCCGGGAGCGCAUUACGCAGAAGACGUCUAAGUCCUCCGACACGUUUCGGCAGGUUUACCGCGUCUUCCAGAAAUCCCACGGGAUCACCUUUGACGAGUUCAAGCGCGGCGUCCUCGUCCUCGGAUUCCGCCUCAACGAGACCCAAGCACGCAGCUUAUUUGACCGCUACGACACGGACAGAAGCAGCACGAUCGAUCUCGCCGAGUUUUGCAAGCACGUCCUCGCACCCGACUACACCGGCGACGGCGACGUCUGGGGCAUGACGCACGACGAGCGGAUGCAAAAGCGAGCCGACGCCAUCGCCUACGCGGCGCUGACCAAGAACGGCACGGUGCGACUGGCGACACCCCCGCGACCGACGUCGGCACCAUCGGCGCGACCCGCCACGCCCUCGUCCAGCAAUGCCUCUGGUCGCCGCCCGUCGUCGCCUCGAAAACACAUACGUCCGAGCAAGCCCGGUGAGGCGCUACGAAGGGCGACGAUUGGGACACCGACACGACCGAGUAGCGCGGUCGGGACGCGCCCGCUCUCGGCGCGCCCGUCGACCGCCUUGGACGACCGACCGGCGCGGCCUGUCUCGGCGGGCUCGCGCCUCCCGCUGCAAAAAGCCAAGCGCGAGUCGCACAUGCUGUGGCGAAGGAAGAUCAUGGCCCACCAAGCCAAUGCCGCCGGAACCGAUGGCGACGACAACGACGACAACGACGACGACAACGAUGGUGUCGACGACGACGAAACACCCAGCGAGCCCGACGACGAACGCGAUGCAACCGACACCAGUAGCGAGCGACCGGCGUCGGCCACCCGAUCACGGUCCAUCGCAUCCCCCACGUCGACCCGGCCGUCGUCACCAAGCUCGCAGCGGCCGUCGACACCGAGUUCUCGUCGGCUAUCGUCGCCGAGUUCUCGCCGACCAUCGUCGCCCUCGUCCACUGCGAGUCGACCGACGUCGCCGCGGCCUUCGCGUCGCCCGUCGACGCCCGAGUCGACCAGCAGCAUCAGUCGGUCGUCGCAACGAUCGGGGCGGUCCGAGGCGUCGCUGCGGCCGCCGUCGACGUCGCGGGAACUGCCGUUGGCCAAGUUUUCACCGCGCACGUACUCGCACGGCUUCAAGCGCCUCUUUCUGCAAAUGGCCAAAGACAAGCUGCUACCCUAA